AUGAAUUCAAUUAAUGAUAAACACAUAUCUGUUUUCUUACCACAAUCACCUCCACCCCCACCACUGGAGGCAAAGAAACCACUGAAAUCAUUCCUUGAUAGAUUUAAAGGGAAGCUUAUAUGUACCGACCCAAGAUUUUCUGUGUUCAAGAGAACUCCCCCUCCAGCACCAGUAGAACAGCUUCCAUCUAAUGGUUUCCAGGAUACAUAUUACUACACCGCCAGCUCAUCGGUAUACUUGACAUUAUCGAAGAAAAUCCAAACUAUUGAUUCACAACCGCAUAUGAUUGAAGAUCCACAAGAAUUUAUGACAUCUACUUUGGAAGAUGCACGUGAUGAAUACUUUAUUUUUGACGACACAGAUCGAUAUACCGGAGAAGCAAGAAAAUCCAUGGCUCCCUUUGAAAUGGUUGUCAUGGCAAGAAAGAGUAUGAAUUUUUAA